GCAGAGAGAGCAGCCUGCCCCAGCCACUCCUCAUCCCACCUGGCAAAGGCCACAUUUCUCUUUCAGUCUCUUACUAUUGACAUUUUGUGCUCUUUAGCUCUCGUACGGCAAUUCAUAUAAAGGCAGAAGGAAAGGAGAGACUUCUGCUCCAACUUGUGGAAAAGCUAAUCCAGAAAUUUCUGCUCUGUAAAACUAUAGGUCGUUGACAUAACAAUACCAUGGCGGGCGAUGAACAACUUCUCCCAAAGCAGAAGGCUAAACAGGGAGCUAGCAAUGGCAGCCCACUCCAAAGAGCUGCAAGUUCAACAGAAAUAACAGAGGAAAAGUUGGAGCACCAACGACGAUGGCAGCAUGACCUCAGUGUGGAAAUACCGGCGAGAAAUAUGGAAGAAGUCAGCGAUGAUUUUGUGGCAAUCCAAAUGCCUUCAUAUCGUAGCCCCACUUCCACCCCUAAAAGAGUAAACUUUUCUCCCUUCCGCAGUCCCAGUUUUGCCAUAUACAGCGAAUCCCCUGACGGCUCGACAUCAAAGGCUAAAUCCACUCGGAAAAACUUACUCCCAAAAUUGAGUUUCAAGUACAGACGAAGCACGGCAGACAUUGAAAGGGCUGCAAUUCUAGCACUUGGGGGUUCACCAGACUCGGUUAAAGAGAGGUCUUUCUUCCGAAGAACAACGUCUUUGACCAAACUUUUCGGUUUCACCCCAAGGACAAAUAACAAGAACACAACAUCCUUACCCGUUUCGCCGAUUUCUCGUUCGAAUCCUGAGUCAAUGCAUGGAAGGCAUACAAUUGAUCCACACAAUUCUGCUAAGGGAGAAGCUCAAUUACCGAUGCACCGUUCUCGUUCAGUUCCUGUUCUGAACAAAGAUGUGAGCUUGAGGCAAUUGGAUUCAUUAGGUGGAGUGAUUCGUGUCAUUCCUGCCACUCCAAGGUCACCUAUAGGAACUUUACAAGCGACAUCAAUGCCUUCCCCUGGGGCUGAGACUGAUGAAAAUGACGAUGGUGGUGAAGAUAUUCCAGUAGAAGAAGCUGUUUGCAGAAUCUGUUUGGUGGAGUUAGGUGAAGCUGGCGAUACCCUGAAGAUGGAAUGUUGCUGUAAAGGUGAACUGGCACUAGCCCACCAAGAGUGUUUGGUGAAGUGGUUCAACAUCAAAGGUAACAAAAUCUGUGAUGUUUGCAAGGAAGAGGUUAAGAACUUACCGGUUACACUUCUACGGAUUCAUACUUCUCAGAGUCGUAGGAAUGGACCUCAAGUUGAGCUGGCACCAUACAGGGUCUGGCAGGAUGUCCCCAUUCUCGUCAUUGUCAGCAUGCUUGCUUACUUUUGUUUCCUUGAGCAGCUUCUGGUUGCCAAGCUGGGGUCUGGUGCAAUUGCCAUUUCUCUUCCAUUCGCCUGUAUUUUGGGUCUCCUGGCAUCCAUGUCUUCUACAACAAUGGUCAGGAGAAAGUAUGUGUGGGCUUAUGCAACUGCCCAGUUCGUAUUGGUGGUCAUUGCGGGUCAUCUGUUCUACUCUUUGAUUCACAUGCAGGCUGUUCUGUCAGUUCUUCUUGCCACGUUCACUGGUUUUGGAGCUACAAUGUGUAUGAGUUCAGGUUUAACUGAGAUUCUGAAAUGGAGAGGGCAGCUACGGGCUCGAUCAGGCCAGCCACGGACGGCUAGGAACUCGACGCAGCCAGCCACAGAACUACCAAGCCAACAGCAUGGUUCUGGGAAUCAGACGCCAGCAGCAGAAGCACCAUCAGCGACGGCAAUGGCUGCUGGGUUAAGUCCAUCACAUUUUCCAACAAUUGCAAGUCCUAGUCAGCAAGAAGUUGUUAGAGGAGGUUCAGAAGUUACGCCUUCUGGCUAGCUAGGACUGGCUUAAGAUUGUGAAAGCCAGUAAAAUGAAAUGCGACAUCUUUGGAUUGGGGAUGAAUCAAUGGAAUGCAAAGAACAAAAAAAAAAAAAAAAGGAGGUAAAUGUACUUGUGAAUUUUGAAGCCGUGUAAAUAAACAAUCAUGGUAAACUGAUAAUUGAUAAGUGAGAGUUUGUGAUCAAAAGGGCAUUUUGCUACAAAUACAUUCACGUCAAAGUGUUCAUUUUCCCUUUUUUCUUUGAUCAUAAUUUAAGUACAAAUAUAAUCGAAUACCAAAAAAAUAAAAAAAAGUACAAAUAUAACCAUUCUAAAACUUUUGUACAGUCUAAAAUUUCAUAACCACCAACAACAUCAUCAAGCAUUGCAUCUACAGCAAAUCAGGGAGUUCGGGACCGGGUUGUAUGCAGUGACGGAGAGCACGGUGGUGCAAAAUAAAUCGAGAAUCAGGGCGUGGACGACGGCGGAUUCGGAGAUGAUUUGCUCGAGUUCGGGACCGGGCUGUAGAUGCAAUGCUUGAUGUUGUUGUUGGUGGUUGUGCGAGUGGGGAAUGGUUUUGUAGUAAUGGGCGGCGGCGGCUGAGGAAGAGGGCGAGGGCUCUGUAAGAUGAUGAUAUGGCAAACGAAAACUAAUUCCAUUGAUUGUGGCUUGUAGCCUUUAUACAAAUUACAAGAGGAUUUAGUGGGGAGGUUGUUACAUCUCCAACUACUCUACUACAUUGGGAAUCCGAUGAGUGCAGGUACAUGGGAUGGAAUAAAAGAAUUUUAUUCUUUAACUCUAACAGGCCUCCUCUGCUCCUGCGGCUGCGAAUUGGUGAUUGUAGCAUAGUAAUCCGCUGUAGUCGUUGUUCCUAAUUCACAACUCAUCGGCCUGGAUGGCUUGUUGUAGUGAUGAGGAGAGGGAGAGGCCCUGCCUUCCACCGCACCGCCAAUUUCAAAGUUAGGGACUGUUUCGUUGGCGAAACUCGCGUGUUCAAUGCGUACUAUUUUCAAGUAAACACCAAACACAAAGUCAACACAAUCGUCAAAUAUCCACCGCCGACGUCAGCGAUGUUGAUUUGAUCGAUGCACCUUUGACUUUUAACCAGAACGACCGUUACUCGGUUCGCCACCUCUCCAAACUACGUUCGAACGAGGGUGUUCAAUGAGAAACGAGAAACCAAACCGAGAGUGUUCUAAGUUACCUUACCUCUACUCCUAUGGAGGUGACUACGACUACAAGCUAUGAUCUACGACUCUGCAAAGGAGUUCUUUGACAGAGCGGUUCUACGAAACUAGAGAGAAAAAGGAUAGAUUCUGCGACGGUGCAAUUGGAGAUUUGAUUUUGCCGUCCUAGUACCGUGACGGUGUUGAUAUCUUCCACGAUGUCGUUUUUGACUAAACGACACCAUCUAAAAUAAUCAUUAAAAUAUUAAUCAAUUAAACCAACCAUCAUUGUUGACACGCCGUCAAACUCUCACUUCGCGGCGCCGUUCUUAAUUAAACAACAUCGUUUUCUAGUUCUGCGUUGCUAUUGAGCUUCGCGAUGCCGUUUUAAUUAACACUGUCGUUUUAA